CUUUUAUUUGUUUGUACGGGCGGCUUAUUCUAUUAAUUUUUGCUCAUUUUGUUUUAUGUUGUGGUUGGAUUACCGGUGCACCUAUUCAGUGUGUCGAAGUUUUGUGUCCGUUUUGUGAAAUCAAAUUUUAAUUACACUUUUUAAAAAAGUUUGGAUUUUUCUCACUAGCUAACAGAAGAACCAUUUUUCGUUUAAUUAGCUGGUGCUUUCCCUGAAUAAUUACCUGCCGCACUGCACGCGGUUAUCUUGCUUGAGGAUGGAGUUCCGGGCACUGGUGGUGUGUCUCGCGCUCUGUGUGGUGUACACCACCAGCAAGCCCACGGAGAGGAAGGACCGUGUUCAUCACGACCCGCAGCUGAGCGACAAGGAACACGAUGACCAGCAGAACUUCGACUAUGAUCAUGACGCCUUCCUGGGACAGGAAGAGGCCAAGACCUUUGAUCAGCUCUCUCCUGAGGAGAGCAAGGAGAGGCUGGGAAUGAUUGUGGACAAGAUCGAUGCUGAUAAGGAUGGCUUUGUCACAGAGGAUGAGCUGAAGGCCUGGAUCAAAAAGUCUCAAAAGCGGUACAUCUACGAAAAUGUGGACCGCCAGUGGAAAGACUUCGACCUGAACAGUGAUGCUCUGAUCUCCUGGGAAGAGUACCGCAAUGUCACGUAUGGCAGCUACCUGGAUGAUCCUGACCCUGAGGAUGGGUUCAACUACAAGCAGAUGAUGUCAAGAGAUGAGAGGCGCUUUAAGAUGGCGGACAAAGACGGAAACCUCAUUGCCGAUAAGGAUGAGUUCACGGCAUUCCUACAUCCCGAGGAGUAUGAGUACAUGAAGGACAUCGUUGUGCUGGAAACCAUGGAGGACAUUGACAAGAAUGGGGAUGGUUUCAUUGACCUGGAGGAGUACAUUGGGGACAUGUACAACCAUGAGGCUGACGCCACGGAGCCGGAGUGGGUGAAGACAGAGCGUGAGCAGUUUGCAGAGUUCAGAGACAAGAACAAGGAUGGGAAGAUGGACAAGGAGGAGACCAAAGACUGGAUCUUGCCCUCGGAUUACGAUCACGCAGAAGCGGAAACCAAACACCUGGUGUACGAGUCAGACACAGAUAAGGACGGUCUCCUGACCAAAGAGGAGAUCAUCCAGAAGUAUGACCUGUUUGUUGGAAGUCAAGUAACUGAUUUUGGAGAGGCCCUGGUGCGACAUGAUGAGUUCUAAAUCACCUCUGACAAGAAGGGAUUUUAAUGCAAUUUGAUAUACCCUAAUUUAUUUUUAUGACUUGCAUAUGUUUAAUUAUUUUUCUCCAGUGAGACUGUUGCAAAGACCUCCAGUAUUUAUCUCCUUGGUUGUUUGCUAGUUAGCUUUUUUUGUUGGGUCCUUGGCGCAUUUCAAUCAAUGUCACUCACCUGUGUGGCCUGUGGCUGGGCAGGUCGUCAUGGAAAUCAUAAAAUCCAAAGCAUAAACCAUCUCUGAGAGCCUAUAUGGAUCUGAGCCGGCCUGCAGUGCGAGCAUAAACCAUCUCUGAGAGCCUAUAUGGAUCUGAGCCGGCCUGCAGUGCGAGCAUAAAGCAGCUCUGAGAAGCUAGAUGGACCUGAGCCGGCCUGCAGUGCGAGCAUAAAGCAGCUCUGAGAAGCUAGAUGGAUCUAAGCCGGCCUGCAGUGCGAGCAUAAAGCAGCUCUGAGAGCCUAUAUGGAUCUGAGCCGGCCUGCAGUGCGAGCAUAAAGCAGCUCUGAGAGCCUAUAUGGAUCUGAGCCGGCCUACAGUGCGAGCAUAAAGCAGCUCUGAGAGCCUAUAUGGAUCUGAGCCGGCCUGCAGUGCGAGCAUAAAGCAGCUCUGAGAGCCUAUAUGGAUCUGAGCCGGCCUGCAGUAUGGCUGCCCGGUGGUGUGAGCCUACCUGCGUCUGCUGCUCUGAACCCAAUUCCGCUACACUUUGCUUGCAUUGAAACAUCUCACUGUUUUGUAAUCCUUUAACAGUUAAUUCGCUCACACUACAUAAAGUACACCGACACUCCUGUUGCAGAUCACCGUUAGUGUGUUUGCUCCUGUUUGUUCUCAUUUUGUUUUUAUUGUAAAUACAUGAGAAGCACUAUUUGUAAACCAGUAUACUAUGACUUUCUGGAUUUUUCACAAUAAAAUGAUUUACAAAGAAA